AUGGCGAGCCCGGGGUCGCUGGAGACGGUCAUGCCUUCCUCAUGCCCCCGGCACGACGGCAGAGCCGCCACCGCUAACCCCUCCAAGACCCUGGCCUUCUCCAUCGAGCGGAUCAUGGCAAAGACGUCGGAGCCCAAGCCGGCCUUCGAGGAGCGGCACGGCGGGCCGGGGCCGGAGCCAGGCAAGAAGCCGCUUAGCCUGUGCUCGCCCCUGCCCUGCGUGAUCCCCAUCCCGCCUCUGGGCUACGAGCUGCCCUCCAAGACUCUCAACUACUCGGAGCUGUGGAAGAGCAGCCUGCGGGGCGGUGCGGGGCUCUGCAAAGCCAACUGCGGCGUCUGCUGCAAGGCAGAGCUCGCCCUGGGCCAGCCCAGCGGCCGGCUCAUCAAGCCGCAGGUCAUCCACCAGGCAGGGGCCGUUCCGGCUGCCCCCCGCUCCCUCUACUACUUCAACUACCUGGACGCCGCGUAUCACCCGGCCGACCUCCUGCACGGACAGCUCUUCCCGGCCGGCCUGCUGGGCGCCCCGUCGCCGGGGGGGCUCUCGGCCCACCAGAAGCUUUUCCUGCUGGAGAACGCCAAGCUGGCGGGGCUGGCGGCCGAGAAGCUGCCGCCGCCGCCUCCCUUCGCCCACAAGGAGCGGCUGCCGGGACACCUGGACCAGGUGAUGAAGGAGGCGGCGGCGGCGGAGCGCGGCGGCCCCCCCAAGGGCCACGCCAAGAUGGGGGGCGGCGGCGGCGGGGCGGCGGAGGGCAAGCCCAAAAACUUUACCUGCGAGGUCUGCGGCAAGGUUUUCAACGCGCACUACAACCUCACCCGCCACAUGCCGGUGCACACGGGGGCCCGGCCUUUCGUCUGCAAGGUCUGCGGGAAGGGCUUCCGCCAGGCCAGCACCCUGUGCCGGCACAAAAUUAUCCACACCCAGGAGAAACCCCACAAGUGCAACCAGUGCGGAAAGGCGUUCAACAGGAGCUCCACGCUCAACACCCACAUCCGCAUCCACGCUGGCUACAAGCCCUUCGUCUGCGAGUUCUGCGGCAAGGGCUUCCACCAGAAAGGCAACUACAAGAACCACAAGCUGACCCAUAGCGGAGAGAAGCAGUACAAGUGCACCAUUUGCAACAAAGCCUUCCACCAGAUCUAUAACUUGACUUUCCACAUGCACACCCACAAUGACAAGAAGCCCUUUACGUGUGUCACUUGCGGGAAAGGAUUUUGCAGAAACUUUGAUUUAAAGAAGCACGUCCGAAAGUUGCACGACAGCGUCUCCAGCGCUCCUCCGCCGCGGGACCCUGGGCGCAGCGGGCAGAGCUAAGGGCCCGGCGCGCCGCCACACUCGGACCUGCUCAACCAGGCCAGCACUAUUUAUCCAAACCAGCCUUCGCUUCUCUGUCCUUUUCCCAGCGAGCUCAGCCGCCGGUAGCAAGCGACCCCGAGCCGCAG